GUUUCCGCUUCCGGGUCAGCAGUAUCUUCCACAAACAGGCAAAAUGUUGACCCGAAUGUCGCGGCUCGGGCUCGCCUUGCCUCGGAUACUCUCCGGUCCACAGUCACGCUUCGUGUCUCAGUCCAAACCGACCGGUAGCGCAGGUUCGGCCGCUGUGACGGAGCUGUUCCCCGCGGCGGGCAAAGCUGAACACGGGGAGGUCAGCGAGUAUGUCAAGAAUCCAGAUUACCAUGGCUUCUCCAGUGACCCCGUGGUGGAUCAGUGGAACAUGCGGGUGGGCUUCUUCUUUGGCGUCUCUGUGGCUCUUGUUCUCGGUUCUGUGUUUGUCUAUUAUUUACCAGACCAUGGAAUGCGAAAGUGGUCCAGAAGGGAGGCCGAGCGUCUGGUCCAGCUGAGAGAGCAGGAGGGUCUUCCUCUUAUAGACAAGAACUACUACGACCCAAGCACGAUUAUUCUGCCCUCCGCUGGCGAAGAGUAACAAGUCCCACACCCUCUCACUCUGUUUCGAGAUAUCGUUUUCUUCUGAAAAUAAAUGUUGUAAUUAUUGA